GCGUUUAGAAAUAGCACGAGUGUUGAAAUAGCUUUUAAGCUAACUAUUUUCAAGAGGGAAGUAUUUCACUGCUGCACAUUUCCUGUUUCCUAGCAACAAGAGUAAUGUAGAAAUGUGAUGGAAGGAAAAAGAAAGGGGAUUGUCUUUUCUAUAAAAAAAAGAAUGUUUUCAAAGUAAUGAAUGAAAAUAUACCUUCAGAGGCGUGUAUUGACUCAGUACUGCUGCAGCUCAACCUGCCUGCUUCUCCAAACAUAACUGUCCUUAUUAUGUGGACCUGGUUUCAACAUCCAUUAACUUACCUCUGAGAACACUACUUGGACCUAAAAAAAACUUUUCUUUUUAACUGGGCAAGACUGGCAUGUAAUGAAUUUCCCUCCUGCAUGUACUCCAUGUCUGGUGCAUUUAGUUCAACUGUUACCUUGUAAUGGCUGUGCAAGACCUUGGCAGGGCAACAGGUUUUGCUUGCAAACAGUGUGGCUUGAUAUAUCCCAAUAUGCCUAGUCUGCUGGACCACAUGGAUGCGCACCUUGAGCAAGAGGAAGAUCGGAAAUUUAAAUGUGAUGAAUGUGGCCGUGGCUAUCGGCAUGCUGGCAGCCUAGCAAACCACAAAAAGACUCAUGACGUGGGUUCUUUUCAGUGCAACAUAUGUGGUAAAGAAAAUUCCAAUGCGUUGGCCCUGAAAAGUCAUCUCCGUAGCCACACUUCACAGAAAAAGUACUCGUGUUCAGACUGUGGAAAGGCUUUUCGUCUUGCUUCACAACUUAUGACACAUGAGAGGGUUCAUCAAGUGAAACGAGCAAAAGAGGAUUUGUGUAGGAAGGCAGAUGUGGAAGGUGCUGAGAACGAAAAUCAACACGAAGUUGAAAGUAAGCAGCUGCAUCACUUCCAUGAGCAGUCGCCUAGUGUCGGAACUUCUACAAAUAACAGCUCAGACGAGGACAAGACAGAGGAAGUUUAUAAUGCACAGUCUGAGACAGAUGACUCAGCCAAUCGACCUUUCAGAUGCAACAUUUGUGGCAAAUCGUACAUACACCUUCGGAGCUUGACCAACCACAAAAAGACUCACCAAACAGGAAUGUUUGAGUGCACAGUGUGUUUCAAACUGUUCAAUAACAUGGCUGCACUGUAUAGUCAUCAGAGAUCUCACAAGUCAAAAAGUCGCACGGAGCCUGAUUCAGUGGAUGAGCCUUAUAUGGACACAUCAGCAGAUCAGUUUUCACCUCAGAGCCAAGAUGCUCCAGUAAACUUCUGCCACUUGUGUCAGGUAUUAUUUCCCAAUGACAAGGAGUUCCAGGAACACAUCCAAAUGCAUAACUCGUCAUCUAUGUCAUUUGGACUUCAGGACAGCUUACCAGAGAAUCAUAAUCUGUCUUAUGACAACAGUAUUGCUUCCCCUCAGUCAAAUUUUUAUGUAUCUCCUAUGAGCAAUAUUCCAUCUGCAUCAUCAAUAGAUAAUCAUGGAGCGUAUGAUCUGCCAGCUGAGCAAAUUACAAAUAAUGGUCACAUUUAUUCAAACUGCUCCAAUAAUCAAACUUCAUCUUCCAAUAGCACUCAGGGAGAACCCCCAGUCAUCACUGCAAACAUUCUCAGUCCUGCCCUUGUGCACACACAAAACAGUAACAACACAAGUGAAAUGGAGGAGACUUCAACUGGAGAUUCUGAUGAGCGACCCUUCAAGUGUCAAAUCUGCUAUAAAAGCUACCGACACUCGGGCAGCCUUAUCAACCACAAAAGGUCACACCAGGUUGGGAUUUACCAGUGCUCCAUCUGUAGGAAAAGCUAUCCACACUUGGCUGCGCUGAAAAGUCAUCUUCGACUACACAAAGGCCAGCCAGCAUCUUUUAGCCUCAACAGCGAGGGGGAUUGGCUCUCCUCUGAGCCUCUGACUGUGGAAAACCAACACGGCUGCUACUCACAAGAGGAGGAGGAGGUGGACGAUGGACACCCUGCUCUUGUGAAUGAGCAAGAGAAUGGUCUUGACCACAGUAAUGGAGCUUUGUACCAUGAGCAAUAUAAUCAGGAAUUUUCCCAAGACAUGACUGUGCAGCUACCUCACAAUGACCACCUGAUGCAGAGGCACAUGUGUGCAGACUGUGGUGAAACAUUCGCAGAUAUCGCAGGGAUUAAGUCUCACAGUUGCCCACGGCUACAGCAGCAACAUGACACCACAAACAGUGACUAUGAUAGUAAUGCACACUUUCAGGACAGUAAUGGUCACUGUGCUGCUGGAAAUUCAGGCAGUAGUGUGGAGUUCCAUGGUAUGAACGGUAGCCAUGAUUAUUAUGAACAGAAUUUCCAUGAAAAUCUGAGUAGGGAUCACAUGACCAGCAGUGGUGCUGGUGACGAUACUGAAGAGGAAGAUGAUGAUGAGGAUGACGAUGGAGAUCUUUAUCAUUGCUCAAUAUGUGGAAACAGUUACACCAGCAUGAGGGCUCUCAGGAGCCACCUCCGAGGACACACACAGUCCCAUGGCACUCCUGCAAGCUCAGGGCCUUCAUCCAUGUCCUCACAUGAAGAAAUGAAAGAUGACGAACCAGGGGAGAUGAUGAUCUGUAGUACAUGUGGGGAAAGCUUUGUUAAUACACAGGACUUGAUAAGUCAUCAGCUUCUGCACAGCACAGACCAAGGAGAUAACCGUUUGCAAAUAAACAACAGUGACAGUUCUAGAGGUAAAGAGGAAGCACAGAGUGUUAUCUGUGGCAGCUGCGGCAUCUUCUGCACCAGCUUCCAUCAUCUCACAAACCACGGCUGCUCAGCAGAGCGGAAAAAUGAACCAACAAAGUGUGAGAAGGAAACAGAAGUAAAUGAAGACACCUGCCGUGAAGACACAAGUGUGGUUAAAGACACUGUUGAUACUGAAGAGCGUCAGUACCAGUGUGAACAGUGUGGGCGGUCAUAUCGACACGCUGGCUCCCUCCUUAACCACAAGAAGUCCCACAAAACAGGUGUAUUCAGAUGUCUUGUGUGCCAGAAGCGCUUUUACAAUUUGUUGGCUCUGAAAAACCACCAGAGGUCCCACUUUGAUAUUAAGAGAUAUACUUGCCAUGAGUGUGGGAAAGCCUUCAAAAUCCAGAAACAGCUAUUAAACCACCUGAGAAGGCACAAAGAAAACCAAGCCAAAAUCCGGGAACUCAACAAUCAGAUCCAGGCCCUCAUGCGGAUGAAUGGGACCAGGUCAGAUGGAGGAAUGCAGUCCUUAACCACAAAUGCCAGUCAGGCUUUUACCCACAAACAACGGCCUAGGGAGAAGACGGGAGAAACCAAACGGGAGCCGUCAGUCAAAUCAGAGAACACAGAUGACCAGCGACCUUUCGCUUGUGACCAGUGUGGACGUACGUAUCGCCACGCAGGAAGUCUGGUCAACCACAGAAACUCUCAUAAAACUGGUCAGUAUUACUGUUCUGUAUGUAACAACACUUACUCUAAUCAGCUGGCGAUGAAGAACCACUUGCGCACCCACUUUGCAUUUAAAAAGCACUCUUGCCAAAAGUGUGGAAAAGGCUUUAGAGGUAAGAAGCAGCUUUUAUCUCACGUCUGUGCAGGCUUCAGGAAGGAUGGGAGUGACGGCAGGAGGGGGCUAAAAUCUAGAGCCUUUAAGUGUAAAGAAUGUAAGCAGGCUUUUCCUUCUCAUGACCAACUGACAGCCCAUACAUGUGAGGGCCCCUCAGCCAGUGAUGAUGCACAAACAAGCAUGUCUCCAAAUGAUAAAGAGGAGCGGCCGUUCAGGUGCAACAUAUGUAACCGCAGCUACCGCCACGCAGGCAGCCUCCUAAACCACAAAAACACACACAAGACGGGACACUUCAGCUGCACCGUCUGCUCCAAGCCCUUCACCAACCCCAUGGCUUUACGCAAUCACACACGCAUCCACACACAGAAGAAAAAGUAUGUGUGUCUCACAUGUGGAAAGGCCUUCCGCCUGGCGAGCAUCCUCCACAACCACCAGAAGGUCCACAACCGGGUGGCCGGUCACUUCAGCUGCCCCGGGUGUGGCAAGAGCUUCCAAGGGAAGUCGGGCCUAAGGAGGCACCGCUGCCGCAGAAGUCAGGAGAACUCGACAAGAGCCGGGGUCCAGCAGUCAGACAGAGGAGACAAGUGCUUCAUGUGUGAUCUGUGUGGGCGCUCUUACCGCCAUGCUGGCUCUCUCCUGAACCAUAAAAAGACUCACUCUGAAAACCUCCACCACUGUACCUUAUGUCUGCAGACGUUUCCCGACCCCCUCACUCUGCAGAUCCACUCCCAGAUGAGGCGUCACUGCUGUCCUGAGUGUGGCAAAACCUUCUGUCUUGUCUCGCACCUGCAGAGCCACAUGGAGGUGCACUCCAAGGACCAGUCUGUGGUCUGUGACAUCUGUCAGCAGAGCUUUCCCAACACGGCCACCUACCAGCAGCACCGGGACAUGCACCCCAUGGCUCAGGGCCCCGUGGAUAACAACCUCUGCUGGGACUCAGGAAUAAACCAGACCCUUGGUAUGGGCAAGCAGGAACCGCCACCUUUGUCUCAUAUUCCGCAGAAAAAUACCAACAUGGCUGGCACAGAAGAUAAGGGCCACGUGUGUGAGCACUGCGGCCGUACUUACCGCCACGCAGGCUCCCUCCUCAACCACAAAAACAGCCACAAAACAGGUUCCUUCUUCUGCUCGGUGUGCCAAAAAGAGUUCACCAACCUGAUGGCUCUCAAGAACCACAGGCGCAUUCACACCGAGCCCAAGCGCUACCAGUGCCUGGAGUGUGGGAAAGCUUUUCGUGUGUCCACUCAGCUCAUAUGUCACAGACGGAUCCACACCAAAGAGAAGCCUUUUGCCUGCCUGCUGUGCGACAAAAGCUUUUCAAGCAAGUCCAACCUACGGCACCAUCAGAAGAUGCACCAGAACACACAGACCUACGACUCCUCCUUUAGCAUGGAUGCCAACACUUUCAUGGACUUGGACAUGGGGUCUUUUCUUUGAAGCUGCAUGUCAGAGUGGGUGCAAGGGGUCCUCUUAUUCAUGUGUUCUUUAUCAGUAAUUGUAAAACAGUAUUUUUUCAGAAAGUGUUCCUUGGUCCAGAUGGAAUCUCACAUUUCAUUACAGACUUCCAGUCUUACCUCCACAACAGAUGGUGACAUCACUGCAGUCUCCAGAGGGUUUAUCAGUCAGCUUUGAAGCAUAAAGUCUGAAUUUUUUACACAGCAUGCUAAAAUACCACACUGGUGAUGAAACAAUAGUCACUUGCUGAGUCCUCACUGACUAACCAGCCAACCAAAGUGAACAGAAAUAGUUCCAUGUACACUCACGGUGACAACAUGUUUUUGUAAUGCAGUACUGUUCUAACGGUGAUCUUUCCUCUCUCGCUAUGUUAAAAUGUGUUCAGUGCCUCUGUAAGUUCUUAGGAAACAAAAUAUACAAACGAUGUUUAUCUGAAUCCUUUUGUUAGCUCUGCUGUCAGUGUCUAAGGACUGGUCACUUUCCUUUGGGAUUCCAAUAGGGCAAGCCUGUUAUUAUUAAGUCAAAUACCUCUGGGUAUGUCCAAAGGUCAGUGGCAAGUUUAUUUACUGAAAUCAUAUUAUCAAGUGAAUAGUUGUACUGCUAAUAAUAUUCAGUAACAUUGUAUGCUAAAAUGGAUGUAUUUAUUAAUUUAUUCCUGUUGUAAAAUAAUGAUCUUAUUUUAUGUGUAUAUUUUAUUAGAUACAAACUUUUUAUGAAUGUUGUAUAUAAAAAAAACAAAACAAAAAAAAACAGUUCCCUCAAACUCAUGUAGCCUUUAAGGAAGUUAAUUUGUCGAUAUUUUUUAAUGUACAUCACUAACUACAGGCAGGAAUGAAUGAGCCAAGGAUGGUGUGUUAUCGGCAGCACUCAGGGUCAACCUUCAAAGGAGCAAACCUGAUGUGAAAAACACUGUAGAUCAUCAGUUUCUGAACUGAGCAUUGCAUUUUUGUUCACCAUUUCAGCACCCUUUUUAAUUUUUUAUUUUUUUGUCACAUUUUUUUGUAGCUCGUUUCAUUGCACGCUGUUGCACCUUUUGACACACAUCAGUAAAGUGCUAGUGCCUCAACUUUAAGUCAAUUGUAGCAUUUGUUUUAUGGACAAACUUCCUCUCACUGUACUUGGACUGCAGAGCACAGAGUUGAUUUUAUAGUCCCCUGUGAUUUUGUUUUGAUGUAUUUUAUAUUUGACAGUAGAAUUGCAGUGGUAAGGUGAAAGCGGUUCCUGUUCAGACCAUGUAUUAACAUACGUCCUGAGUGACCUAGUCUUAGGUGGAGACCAGAUCUGGUAAUAGAAUGUGUUUCCAGUGAAACCACGUAAUUGGACUUCACUUUCUUGCUCUAUAUGCAAAUAAACAUAUUCAUCUACAGCCAUAUUUGUUUGCAUACUUCAGUUUUAGACUGGAUGUAUAAUGUGUCUUCACAGAUUUAAUUCACUGUCUUUUUAAUUGAAAAACUACAGACAUUAUUAAAGCUGGAAAUUAUCUAUUACUUCCUGCAUAAGGUCACAUUAAUCAACACCAUAAAUGAAAACUUUGGCUGUUUUAUUGCUUCCAACACCUUUUUAAUGACUGAAUCCUCAAACACUUAAAAUAUGGGCAUGUGCUUUUAGUGGAUUAUGUGAACAAUACUGUUUCCUCAUGAAGAAAUAAAGUGCUGGAGUAUCGAUCAGGCUGCAUUUCAUAAACGAAGCACCAGUAAUAUGUCAUCAUGGGCUUUUUAGUCCUUAAAACAUGCAGAUAUUAUGCCAUUGGUAGAUUGUAGAGAGUCGCUCUGGUUUUCUGAAUGCAUCUUGAGUGUGUUUUCCACCUUGUUUUGCCACUAUCCACCUAUGAUCCAGUCACUCAGGUCUGAACAGGGCCUUUACCUCCAUCCCUUUUCCUCUGUACAUCCUCCAGUAACUAUUCAAACCUACAUUUUAAUCAAAUGUUAAGCACAAUGAAACAAAGUGGUUUUUAUCUACUUUAACAAAAUCACUUGUGUGAAAAAUGUG